ACGGAUGUCGUGAAACUAAUUCCAAAAAGCCCGCAGACGAUUCCGUGCAGCUCGCAACGUCAGAAUCUUUGUUUACACCGGAGGAGGAACCCGACGAGCUAUGAAGCUCUGUUCCACAGGUGUCCAGUCGGGGCGGGACAGUAAAUUAUAUCAACAAACAGUACAAAACAGAGACAAGGCGCGGGAAGAUGGCGCGAGGUGGCGAGGCCGCGGAGUCGCAGCCGCCGCCGCUCGUGGAGCUGCUGCUCGGGCCGCCCGCAGAGCAGCAGCGCGCCGAGAGGCUCUGCAGCGCCAUCGCGCAGAGGGGAGUGGCGGCUCUUGGGAGUCUGAGCGGCAUGGAGCACGCGCAGCUGGUGGCGCUGUACCGCGCCCACGUGCUGCCGCUGCCCCAGAGGGAGCUGAGAGGAGACUCGUACUGGGCCCGGCGAGUGACCCAGAGGGGCGGCACGCGCGCGGCUCAGCCAGCAGGGUCACCCGCGGGGUCACCAGCAGGAUUGAAACAUUGGAAUGAAAACCGCAAGCGGCCUCUGAUAGUUUUCGACGGAGCGUCGACAAAAACGGUGAUUAAAGUGCGGCGCGUCUCGGCAGAGGGAGGAGGCACCAAUCCUCCAGCCACAGAAGGAAAAGUCGCCAUCAAAAGCCCAGUGCCCAGCCUGGCCCAAGUCUCUCCCAGACUCCCGGAGCCCUCGAAUGGGGCAGCGCCUACCUCCCCGAGCUGCGUACUCUCGAAGGGUGCAACUGCACCCGGCGGCGACGCCGUGGGCUCGAUCAAGGUGAAGAGAGUGCCGAGCGUGGACCCCAAACGCGAGGAGAAGUCGGUCGGGAGCCCUGAAGUGAAGUCAAAAAUCCAGCGCAUCAAGUGGCCCUGAUCCCCAGGGCCUGCGCCGCUCUCACACACCCCCCAGUAGUUUUGCGCGCUGCCGCCGCCGUGCGUGCAAACCGCAAGUUUUUAUUUUCAGGCGUUUUGUCGGGUUGUUUUUACGCAAGGCUCACACAGAGGUCACGUCCUUUAUGUUAUUUUGUGUUCCUUUAAGAGUCCCUCGUAUGUUUUUAGCACGCAAAGGCAUUGUUGACAGUGGUGUUGUACAUAUGUAGGGGGGUACGUCAUGUUUUUGAAGACAAAUGCCAUCCUUAAAACUCGGCCUAGCAUCGAGGCUUGUUGUUAAGCUCCACCUUGUGUGCCGACCUUCGUGAUGUUGGGAUUGGUUAACAGUAAGCGCAAAACUCAAGGUUGUGUACUUUUCUAAUCCUGUUUGGGAGAUUUAUUUCCUGUGAAACAUGGACGAAUGAACGUGUGGCUUCGACAAUGUUCACCUUGCUCCGUUUAAUGCAUACGGCGAGUCCUCGCUUAGCGCGCGGCAUUCACACACAACGCGCUUUCACUGACACGGUUCUUCCAUUAGGGAACACUUCUCGCACAACGCGGAAUGCAUCCCUUAACGCGGAUUGCUCAUCGUUAAAAUGCGGAACGCACAUCGUUAUUACGCAUUCCGUGGUCGACGAUGAAUUACUUUCUUGAGCUGCGCGGCCGAGCAGUGAUACAGUAUUCAGUAGCGCUGUGGUGCGCCCUCGGUUAUUAGUCCUGCCAUCUCACCGCUUGUACGUGGGUACAUCGUAUCUCGCCAAACUUAUUACGGGGAAGUUUUUUUAAAAGCGUUUUUUGCUUAAUGCGCCACUUUUCAGGAACGCAUCUACCACUACCGUGUUAAACGAGGACUUGCUGUAUAAAUGCUGGCCAUGAGCGACGGAAGAAUCGCAUUCAGCUGCAAGCACAUGAGCGUUGCGACCAUGCAGGUGGACUGGUUUUAAAUCGCAGCGUGCUAUGUACGUUACAUAUCCAAUGUAAUAAUGCAUGGGUGAUACAUGUACUUUGCUGUUUGUUUUCAGUGCAAUUACUUGAUUAAAUUAAUAAGCUUAACAGUUUAGUCUCAUCUCACGCUGGUUUGCUUCCAAGUUCUACGUUCUACUUGUGUUAUUUGAUCUGUCCGCAGUGACUGAACAUUAAACCUUUACAUCUUUGGAUGUCUUUUCAUAUAUAUCUUUGGGCGUCACAGUGGUGGCAAAGUAGUGACACGCGCAUCUAGGUUCGAUUUCCAACUCGGGUGCCGUGCGGAGCUUGUAUGUCCUCUCUCCUCCUGUUCUGCAUGGGUUUCCUCUGGGUUCUCCAGUUUCAUCCCAUAGCGAACACAACAGGCAGUGUAACUGGUAUUGACUAAAUAUCCCAAUCGUGAAAAAUGACUCAAUUGGGAUUGCACACAACAGCAACUUUGCAUAACCCCCAAAUAUUUUUAUGAACCCAUUGGCUUUUACCCAAAAAAUCCCGAAAAUGACCCAUUUACAGGAUGCUUUGAAUUUGUGGUGCAACUUGUAUAAAUACUUAAAUGUUUGUAACCAUAGACAGUCUUUAAAGUUUAUCUCUGUAAGUAAAGCAGUUGCUGGGUUGUGGGUAAACGUUGAAAUCAUACGAGGUCAACAUUUAUCUUUAACUUAAGUUGCUCUUUAAGGGCUUACACGGUAACAAAUGCACACGUGUUGAAUUUAAUAAAACGAAGGAAAUGGGCCAGA